UCAAUUCAACUUUACCUACUUACCUUUAUCCUCUCUCUCUUCUAUACCUUUCUCUCCUCAAUUACCUAACACCGAAAACAUGAAGGUACCCAAGGUCAGCCUAAAGCUUCUCAAGAAGCUUUUGUUAAGAAAGGCCAACUCAUCUCCCGAAUCAACAACUAUACCACAAGAAGAAGAGCUUUCACCCAAGAAUAAGAACAAGAGCCCGCCGCCACCGCCUCUAGAAGAAUGUCCCAUUUGCCACGAUCCUGUUGGCCUUACCAAUCCCGAGGGUAUUGUUGAGGCCUGGACAAGUCUACACUGUGGCCAUAAGUUUGGCACGCACUGCAUCCAGACAUGGCUCCAGGAGUCCAUCAAUCGAGACCCGACCACGAGUCCCAGCUGCCCCAUAUGUCGCUCCACCGCCAAGCACCCCUGCGGACAUCUCAUCAGUCCUCCACCCUCUUUCCCCACCAUACACCUAAACUGGCAAUACCCGCGUGCCCCUCCUCAACCUCCUCGGCACCAUCAGAUACGCCGUCGGCUCACCCGUCGCCCAGGUCACCCACUACGUCCUCCACCGCAGGAGCCCGAAGUACGCCGUGCGCCGGUCGUAGGCGAAUGUCGGGCAUGCGUAGAUAAUGCUGAGUUUGAUGCACGGAUGCGUCGGAUCGCUGAGCAGCGCACGCACCAUCAACAGCGGCGCGGCACAGGAGAGUCAUCAAUGACCACAGGCAGCCGGUCUGCAGCCGCGGCUGUUGCUAUUAAGAAUAUUAUUCCGAGCCUUAAGCGAUCUACGAAUAGCCGCACCACCAUCGUGCACGUUGGUGUUGAGCCUAGAAGCGACGACGAAGAUAGGGGACUAGAUAUAGAUCUGGAAGAAACGGGUAGACGUCGCGGCCGUCAUCAUCUCCAUAUUCCUCCUCAUCGCCACAAUCGUGGGAGCAUGCUCUACGCGAUGCCUAGACGUCCCACACCACCACCGGGAUAUAGCAGCAGACGGCUGAGCAUCUAGACGGAGUGAGAGAAGAGAAGAGAAGGGCUGCGCUAAUUAUAUAUAGCGUGCGACAUGGCGUUCGGUCAUUGCGGACUACGAAUCACGGCUUUAUUUUUAUGGUUUUAGAGGAGAUGGAUGGGUGGACGGAUGGACAGACGGAUAACCUAGAGCAAGGCAAAGGACAAGGACAAGGUUAACGGAAUAUGAGUAUGGAUGAUAUUCUCUAUAUAAUCCGUUGCUGCGGAAGCUCCUUGGCGUAUACAUGAGAUAGAUAUACUCGAGGAUCACUACUGGCUAGGCUUAGCUAAACUACACGAGCGAGAGACCCCUUUGCGAAUUGGCCGAGGAGUUGUUGCGUUUGUUCACGUCAGGGGGUCAUUUAGCUAUGGAUGGGCUGUAUGGAGUUACUGGUUCAUGUAAGACACUGAUGUAGCUAGGAUACAUGAGAAUCUUCUCGGUUGGCGGCUACGUAGCUUAAUUUUUUUUUCCUCCUGCGAUCAUAUAAUUGAUUGAUUUGCGGAUGAAUUGAAUUUCGUCUAGUCAUUGAUGAGGGGAUGCAUAUUUUGCUAUCUUACCUAUAUAGCAAGGUUCAUGGAUGGUGGACUCAAUCAUCU